AUGGCUGGAUUGAGCUGCGAAGCGAAGGAGCUUUCCAGUGGAGGAGCAGGGGUGGAUGCGGGGCAGUUGGAGCCUGCCCCAGAAGAGGACGGCGGAGGUGGAGGUGCGGAGGUGGUGGGCGGAGGGGUGGAGGUGGCGGGAGGCGGAGGGGUUGAGGAGGAGGGCGGAGGGGUUGAGGAGGAGGGCGGAGGGGUGGAGGAGGAGGGCGGAGGGGUGGAGGAGGAGGGCGGAGGGGUGGAGGAGGAGGAGGAGGUGGCGAGGGAGGGGGUGGCGCAGGGGUGGCAACAGGAGAGCCGUCACAGGAGAAGUCCACGCACAGACGAGCCGUCGCCCGUCAACCGGGUGAACCUGGUGGGACGGGACGGGGGAAGAGUGCGCGGGGGAGGGACGGGAGGGCGGGGAGGGCGGGAGGGCGGGGAGGGCGGGGGGGGCGGGGAGGGCGGGGGGGGAAGCCAGUACUGUCAGAAGAGUAGUCGCGCGCAACUGACGUGGGGAGAUUUGUUUCAAGGAAUAGUCGACUGGGCUAAAGGCGUCUUUAAGGGGAUUGGCGACGAUGACGACGACGAUGGCGGCUCGUCGUCCUCGUCUUGUACCGCGUCAUCUCUUGCCGGAUACACGUCAUCAGUCAGCCUCGGAAGCGCUCUCACCCUACAUUGGACCGUGCCUGCUGGCGGCGCGAAGGUGAAAUUCGCUCUGGAGGCGGACGGCGGCUCGAACGCCGCCAGCGGCUGGAUGUCCGUCGGAUUCUCAUCGGACGGUGAUAUGGUGCCCGCCGAUGCCGUGAUCGGAAACACGGGCGGCACGGGGGUGUACGCGUAUCGUAUUUCGGGAUACGGUCUAUCCGACGUGGCGAAAACCAGUUCGUUCACGAUCUACGCGCCGGGGUUGACUACCACGUCAGCGAAGACGAUAAUGACCUUCACUCGGUCCACGUCAGACGGAAGCGUGAGCGUCAACCCCACCGGCUCAAAUAAAAUCAUCUGGGCCUACUCCUCUUCGGGUUCCAAGACCCUCGCCUACCACGGCGGCAAAUACGGAAGAACCACUGUUGACUUCUCCUGCUCCUCCACGUCAUCAGGCUCGGGGCUCGGGACGGGUAACGCGUGCGACAAGUCAACGCUGACUGGAUACUCCUACCAAACGAAGCUGAACGGCAACAGUCUGCUCCUGCAUUGGAACAAGGCGCGCAGCAAUGGGGCAGUGACAAUGGCAAUAGAAGCCAAGUCAGGAGCAGCCAAAAACGGCUGGAUUUCCCUCGCUUGGACUGCCAAUAACAAGAUGGCUCCUGCCGAUGCUGUUUUUCGGGAAUCUGGCGGGCGGCGAUGUGGGCGCGUUUCCCUGCAACCCAUCGCGUCUUUGACUGGGUCAACUGUGGUCAAGUUCUCGCGCAAGCACUACACAGGAUCAGUGUCUCGCUUCCUGGCGUGGAACAAGAACACCCUCAUAUGGGCCUACUCCCCCUCGGGAUCCAAGAGCAUGGGCUACCACGGCGGAGCAUAUGGACGAAUCACAGUGGAUUUCUCAUGCAGGACUGCUCCUUCUGGUGGGGGCAAAGGAGGGGGUGGUGAUGAUGAUGAUGAUGAUGAUGACGAUGAUGAUGACAUGGAUCAUGACAGGGACCGUCGCGACCGCAGGCGCCGUCGCCGCAGGCACCAAGGGUCGCGAGUAUGGCGCCCCCGUUCUAUCGCCCUUCUCGUCUUCCUCGGGCUACUUGCCCUCGCUCACGCCCAGAAGGCUCCAGGCAGAAACAGUCCCGUUGAUCAGUCAUGGGAUUGGGAAACCGUAGUUUCGAAGCCGACUGACGAGUUUGGUGAAGGCCAGCCUAUUAACGAAAUUGACGAAUCAUGGGACUGGGAAGUGUCGACCCUCCAAGCAGCGGACGAGUUUGGCGAAGGUGAACCCGUUCACGAAACUGACGACUCCUGGGAUUUUGGAGAGUCGUCAUCCGAUGAAUUUGGCGAAGGCGAACCUGUGCACGAAAUCGAUGACUCUUGGGACUUUGGCGAAAGCUCUGGUAACUCCUUUGGCGAAGGUGCACCAAUUCAUCAAACCGACGAGAUGUGGGGAUUCGACGACAGCGUCGCCGGCGACUCCUUCGGCGACGGGGAGCCGGUGCACGAGAUGGACGACGCGUGGGCGAUUGGCGAACCCGUCGUGAACGACGAGUUUGGCGAAGGCGAACCUCGGUGGCAGCUGGUUCCACAUCCUCCACUGGACCGUCGGCAUCAAAUCCGUCUCUUACGCCGCCGAAGUCGCGACCACACCGGCUGGGUCGCCCUCGGCUGGUCCAAGGACGGCAAGAUGGCCGGCAGCGACGCAGCCAUUGGCAACUGGCCACCUGGCACCAUCACUGACACUGCGAACGGCAACCCGGCGCCCAUUGGCGCAUACUACAUUGGCGCGAAGAGCGCGGCGAGCAUUGUGCCGAACCCGCGUCUCGGACUGUCGUUGACUGCCGUGACCACUCGCGACGGCAAGACAAUUGUCGAAUUCGAGAGGGAAUUGGCUUCAGGCAAAGUUCCCCUCUUCCUUGAUGCUGCCGCUAACGUCAUUUGGGCUUUCUCCGAUUCCAAUUCCAAGGAUUUGAAGUAUCACGGUGCCAACAUCGGUGGGCUGGGUGAACGUGUUCCUCGGCCUCGACCGUUACACUACAAUGUUCUCUGGAAAUCAGAGGGCUUACCUGAUUAUCGUCGGGAUCGCCAUCGCCGCGUGCUUGGGCUGUUCUACAUCGCACUUGUCAUCCGCGAUUACCUCUUCAAGCCCAAGUCCGAACACAACCAGUUCAAGGCAUCAGCAGCCGCUCCUGCAAAUGGCGCAGGAGAUGUGUAG